AUGAAACAGCAGCACUGGUGUGGCUUGACCGCCAGAAUGGGCUCCCUGUUGUCAGGGGUCUUCACCAUCACUGCUGUGGACUUGUACCUCAUCUUUGAACAGAAGUACUUAAGGAGAAACAAUUGCACUGAGCAUGCGUCACAGAUCAAGAGCACAAGUAUCCUGAUAAAACUGUUCAUCAUCUGCUGGAGCCUGACUAUCGUCGUCUUCCUAUCUUUCAUCACCAUCCUCGUCAGCUGCUUGCUGCUCUACUCAGUGUACGCCCACAUGUACAGGGGCCUGGUAAUCUACAUUGUUUGGAUCUUUUUCUACGAGACGGUAAACAUUGUGGUACAAUGCCUUACCAAUGACGACUCUUCCGUUGGAGAGGUCAGAGUCAUGCGCUGGUUUGGUCUGGUGUCCCGUAUAUGCAUGCACUGUUUCUGGAUGUUCUUUGUCGUCACUUACGCCUACAUGAUCUACAAAAAUAAAAACCAGGGCAAUAUCAUCUCCUACAACAGACGUAUUUCCAGCAGCAGUGGAGACUUUCGGCGGAAAUCCAAAAUACUCAACUUUUCCCGCCGCUACAGUGAGUAA